UUGAGCGAUUUUGUACAUCGCAGCUGUAUCUGAGUCGUUCAACACAGCAGCUGGUUGAAGUACGCAAUGGAUACUCAUGUGUUCCCGUAGCACUAUCUGAAGGUCUUGAUAUUCGUUUAAAUACGGCUGCCAGGGCGAUAAGAUAUGGUGCUAAUGGCGUUGAAGUUUGGGCAGCGCCCUCGAGAAGUCCACAUACAGCUCAUACUGUCUACAAAGCUGAUGCUGUACUUGUAACUCUUCCUUUGGGAGUGUUAAAGGCAUCCGCACCACCAUCGGCGGUUGCGUUCAAUCCGCCACUUCCUGAUUGGAAGGCCCAGGCUAUUCAGAGACUCGGUUUUGGAAACUUGAAUAAGGUUGUGCUUUGCUUCGAACGUAUAUUUUGGGAUCCAACUGCGAAUUUGUUCGGUCAUGUUGGCAGUACCACUGCUUCCCGCGGAGAACUCUUCUUGUUUUGGAAUUUAUACAAAGCACCGGUACUUUUGGCUCUGGUAGCAGGAGAAGCUGCCUGUGUUAUGGAAAAUGUCAGCGAUGAUGUCAUAGUAGGAAGGUGCAUUGCAGUUCUAAAGGGCAUUUUCGGAAAUCAAGUAGUACCACAGCCACGGGAGAGUGUUGUAAGCAGAUGGCGAGCUGAUCCCUGGGCCCGAGGUUCUUACAGUUUCGUAGCGGUUGGCAGUUCCGGAAGUGAUUACGACCUUUUAGCGGCUCCGGUAACACCACCACCUCCACCAAAUCAACCCCCAGGUGCACCACCACCGCAACCCCGACUAUUCUUUGCAGGAGAGCAUACCAUACGAAAUUAUCCUGCUACAGUUCAUGGAGCUUUCCUCAGUGGUCUACGGGAAGGUGGCCGAAUUGCGGAUCAGCUUUGCGGAAGUCCAUAUGCCCCUCCAAGUAAUCCAAUUCCCGUUCCGCCGCCCACUGGUAUUCCCACCACAACUGCAACUUCUGGCUCAACUACUUAACGACCACGUUCUCGUGAUCAUUUCAUUAUUUGCACGUAGUGCUCCGAUACUUAUUAUUCUUACUUUCUUUUUCCUUUUUAUGAAAUGUUAUCAAAGGUGGUUCUAUCCUUUAAACAGAAAUCAUUCUAAUAGCUGAUCGUCGAUUUUUAUUGACUUUUCAAUUUUUAACCGAUAACAAACUUUAAAUUCUUACUUUUCUAUUGACCCGAAUGAGAUUUUACACAAAUGUCAGAAACCUUAGACUAAUCGAUAUAAGACAUAAUAUAGCUUUCCGAGAUUUAACUGCUUUGAGAUUUUUUUCAGAAUUAGUUACUACAUUAUGAUAUUUUGCUCAUUGUCUGCAAAUAUUUUCGGUGUCUAUAUUGAAAAUGGCACCUCUUUUAAUAUUGCUUGCUUGCUAGCAUUUAGUGGUAAUACGUUGUGCUUGAAUAAUAAACAAUAUGAUUCUUUA